AUGUGCAAGCUCACUGUAACUGCAGGUCUAUGUUUGAUCCUCGCCAGCUUGGCCUCUUCCUCCAGGCUAGUCUGUUACUAUAACAGCGAUGCUGAAAAUAGAGAAGACAAGGGGAAGUUCAUGGUUUCAGAUAUCGAUCCGAACAAAUGUACUCACCUGAUCUAUGCCUUUGCUGGUAUUAAUAACGCAAAUGAGCUGGUCCCCACCAAUGAAAAUGACAUAGCACACUAUCAGUCCUUUAAUGCACUCAAGACCAGAAAUGUACAGCUCAAAACCCUGUUGUCGGUCGGUGGCUUGGACUUCAACAACAGAAAAUUCAGGAAAAAAGUGUCAGGAAAACGAAGAAGAACAUCCUUCAUCCAGUCUGCUAUCACACUACUGAGAGACAAUGGGUUUGAUGGGCUCAACAUUGACUGGAGGAACCCCGCAGGAGCUGGAAGCAGAUCAAGAGACAAACAGAGAUUCACACGGCUGUGCAGGGUAAGAUUAGAGGCCUUUGUCGCUGAGGGAACAGCAACUAACCGUGACAGCUUAAUGGUUACUGCUAGUGUCUCUGCUGAGAAAGACACCAUCGAUUUCAGUUAUGAUGUCCCAAAGAUUGCAGAAAACCUGGAUUUCAUUAAUGUGCUGACAUUUGACUUUCGCGCCGACUUGGAAAGUGUCACAGGACAUCACAGCUCCUUGUACAAGGGAUCCCAGGACACUGGAGAUGACAUCUUCUGGAACACUGAUUAUGCAAUGCAAUAUUGGACACAUCAGGGAGCACCUACAGAACAGCUAAACAUGGGGUUAGCGGCAUACGGGCGAACCUUUGAGCUCUCAUCUGCAUCCAGUGGUGUUGGAGCACCAGCCAAUGGUCCUGGUGAAGAAGGCCGCUACACCGAUGAAGAGGGAUUCUUGUCCUAUUAUGAGGUUAAACUACUUGCCUUAAAUCUUGAAGGAGUAACAACCCAUCUGAUUACUGAUCAGAGAGUUAUAUAUGCAACGAAAGAAAAUCUGUGGGUUGGAUUUGACAACAAAGGCAGCCUUGAUAAUAAGGUCAGUUACAUAAAAGCUCACAAAUUUGGAGGAGCCGUUGUCUGGUCUCUGGACCUGGAUGACUUUAAAGAUCACUGUGGAGAUGGCAACUACCCCUUAAUCAGCCACCUGCAUAGUCUGCUGGUGUUAGAUACAACUCCUUCUGGAAACCUCUGUGAAGGAAGGAGCGAUGGGCAAUACCCCAACCAUGAUGAUCCAAAUGCUUUUAACAUCUGUGGUGAUGAAAUAGCCUACCUGCAACACUGCCAACCAAAUUUGGUCUAUAACCAAGAGUGCAACUGCUGUGACUAUCCCAAUUCAGCCACUCCGACAAAUACUGAGAAUACUGGAACAUUCUGUGUUGGAAAGGAUGAUGGGCACUACGCCAACCCUGCUGAUCCACAUUCUUUUUACAACUGUGGUCAUGACAUAACCCACCUCCAAUACUGCCAACCAAAUUUGAUCUUUAACGAAGAGGACAACUGCUGUGGCCAUCCCGAGUCACCCACUCCGACAAAUACUGGAACACUCUGUGGUAAAAAGGUUGAUGGGCACUACGCCAACCCUGAUAACCCAAACAGUUUUUACCAAUGUGCUGGUGAGAAAACAUACACCAAGAACUGCGCUGUGGACUUGAUCUUCAAGCAAAGCUGCACGUGCUGUGACCAUCCCUAGUCAUCCACUCCGACAGAUACUGUAAACCUCUGUGAUGGAACGAAAUAUGGGUACUACAUCCAGCUUGAUGACUCAUAUUUUUCACAUUUGGCUUACAGGUAGAAAAAUUGCUUUAUAAUGGUACUGCUGGGUUUUAUAGGCCUGACUUAUAUACACUUAUUUCAAUACAUUUUAAAACACAAUUCAUGUAUCAAAUGUGAAUAUUUGUGUGUUUCUGAGUUUAAAGU